AUGCGCGAAGCCAUCGCGCUGGAUAAAUGUGUCGCAAUCGGCCUGUACCGACUGUGUUGCUCAGCCGAAGAGCGCAGUAUCGCGGAGUUGUUCCCCGUGGGACGCUCAACCGUGAACGAAGCCUACAAAGAAUUGUGCGAAGCCGUGAUCGAGACUAUGGAGACCAAGUGGGUCAAUAUGCCCACAGUGUCGAGCAUGGCUGAACACAUCCGCGAAUUCACGGCAAUGUUGGGUUUCCCGCAAGCAGUGGGAGCGCUAGACGGGUGUCAUUUUCCCGUUUCGCCGCCCAAGGAGAGCGCCACCGACUACAGGAAUUACAAAGGAUGGUACAGCAUGAUUCUUCUGGCACUGGUGGACCACCCGUACAGGUUCCGGUACGUCAAUGUGGGAUCGCCUGGCCGGUGCCACUACUCUUACGUCUACCAACGUUCGCUGCUGGAAAAUGCAGUCCAGGGACCUUUGUUCCGCCGACCACUACUCACCAUCAGUGGCACUGCUGCGCCACCUCUGAUCCUGUGUGACCAGGCGUUCCCACUGACGGCGAACCUCAUCAAACCGUUCAGUCACAGGGCACAGUUGAGCAACGAACAAAGGUUGUUCAAUUACAACCUUUCCAAAGCUCGCCGCAUUGUUGAGAAUGCCUUUGGUAGGCUGAAGGCAAGGUUUCGCUUCAUCAUGAAAAGGAUGGAGUGCGACCUUGACACCUCUCGCCUUGCCAUCCGCGCCUGCUGUGUUCUCAACAAUGUGUGUGAGCAUUUCGGUGACACUGUGCUCCAACACUGGCUGGUUGAGGUUCAGAACAACGACAAGGAGCUCCAACAGCCUGACCAUACCACUGACGUUGUAGAAGGCACAGGUUGCGACGUGAGAGAAGCUCUCGUGAGACAUUUUCAGCUCAGCUGUGCUGGAAGUGCCUAA